GAAUGUAAAAUGUCAGUAACUUGUCUAAAGGCAAUAAGUGAAUAUAGAGUAGUAUUGAAGAGAAUUUAUUUAUUUAAAUUUUAGUUUAACGUUAAAUUUUGGCUCAAAGCGCAUUGCAAUGGAUCCAACUGAUGAAAUAUUCCUUAACGAGUACACGGGCCCUUCUACAGUUCGAUUGGGCACUGAACGAUUGGACUGCGAUAAUCUGGAUGGUCUUACCGAGAAAUGGGAGGAUCCGAAUAGGCCUACUUUCCUGACUGUUCUGCUGCGCUUCUUUGGCAAUAUAUUUGUUGAUUGCUUCAGAGCCAUAUUUAGUUAAGACCGAAUUGCUUAUAUCAAAAUGUCGAGUCAGUGCAGAAUUUUGGAACAAAGAAUUGUGUAAAUCAAUCAUAAUAAAUA